ACAGUGGCCGUUUGAACUUUAUCACACUCUCUUCAAACUUCAAAACCUCCCUCUUUCAUUUCAUUAAUAACCCACUGGAGAGAUACUGAGGGAGAGAGAGCAGAGAGAGUGAAGAAGAGAGAGGAAGAUUCAAAGUUCAAAACCCCCCUCUUUCAUUUCAUUAAACCCCCACUGGAGAGAUAUUGAGAGAGAGAGGGAGAGAAGGAGAGAGAGAGAGAGAGAGAGAGAGAGAGAGAGAGAGAGGGGAGAGAGAGAGAGAUAUGACAGGAAUGGUGAUGUUAACAAAGGGAGGUGGGUGUGUUGGGAAGAUAUCAAGAAAGGCUGCUGCUACUACUGAAGCUGAAGAGCAGCAAAAUCAAUUAUCACUAGUGACUUUACUUCUUGAUGCAUUAAGAAAAUCAAUGUUCUCUUCCUGCAAAUUAGUGGGUGAAGACGGUGGGGAAGCUGAGUUUGAUUCUUCAUCCUUUGUUCAGCAGAUGGAGAUAGGCUGGCCCACAAAUGUCCAGCACUUGACCCAUGUUACUUUUGAUAGGUUUCAUGGCUUUCUUGGUCUUCCUGUUGAGUUUCAAGUUGAAAUCCCCUGUAGAGUCCCCAGUGCCAGUGUUAGUGUCUUUGGCGUCUCGGCUGAAUCAAUGCAAUGCUCAUAUGACUCGAGAGGUAACAGUGUGCCCACUAUACUAUUGCUUAUGCAGGAGAGAUUGUAUUCACAAGGAGGCUUAAAGUCGGAAGGAAUUUUUCGAAUUAAUCCAGAGAACAGCAAAGAGGAACAUGUGAGAGAGCAGUUAAACAGAGGCAUUGUGCCACAAGACAUUGAUGUUCACUGCCUGGCAGGUCUUAUAAAGGCCUGGUUUAGGGAGCUUCCUUCGGGUAUUUUAGAUGGACUUUCGCCAGAAGAGGUACUGCAGUGCAAUACAGAGGAGGAAUCCAUUGAACUUGUGAAACAGCUAAAACCAACAGAGACCGCUCUACUCAGCUGGGCAAUUGAUCUCAUGGCUGAUGUUGUUGAGCACGAGGAUACCAACAAAAUGAAUGCUCGGAACAUUGCUAUGGUUUUUGCCCCAAACAUGACACAAAUGUCUGAUCCUUUGACGGCCCUGAUGCAUGCAGUUCAAGUUAUGAACUUGCUCAAAACUCUGAUAAUGAGAACUAUACAAGAGCGCGAUGAGGCAUCAACAGGAGAUUCGCUGACUAAUUAUUCACCUAAAUCAAACUAUUCUUCUGAUAGGCUGACUGAUUAUGAAGACACCAGCUGUGAACUCCGAGCAUCUCCUUCAAUCCCUACCGAACAAGUUGAUUACAGUACUGAUAGCGAGAUUGAAGAAGAGAUUGAGUCGAUCUGUGAGACAGAAAAGUGUGUUUCCGAACAAGUUGAUGAUGACAAAGAAAACACAAGAAACAGUUGUGAACUUGGAGGACCUCCCUCAAACCAUACUGAACAAGUUGAUUGCAAUGUUGAUGAUGAGAACAGGGAUGAAAUUGAACCAAUUUGUGAGACAGAAAAGUGUUUUUUGGAACAAGUUGAUGAUGACAAAGAAAACACAAGAAACAGCUGUGAACUGGGACAGUCUCCCUCAAGCCUUACCGAACCACUUGAUUACAACACUGAUAGUGAUUACGAAGAUGAAAGUGAGUUACUUUGUGAGUCAGAAAAGGCACUUUUUAAAGAAGUUGAUGAUGGCAAAGAAAACACAAGAGACGGAUCUUGUGAAGAAUCUGGAGAUUCGCGAAAAGAGCAAGAGACAAGUCCUAGAAGUUCUCGUCCAAGUACAAGUGGCGGAGAAGUCUUGGAAUUGAGUGUGGGAAAUAUUGACGAGUCCAAUGUUGUCCAGAGUACAUCAGAACUCGGUGAAAUUACAGCUGACUUGAACGAGGUAGACAAGCUGAUUGAUUCAAGUUUUCCUCUGCCUAUGUGACUCUGAAGUUGCUAUAAAUUGUUAUCUUCACUUAGGAAUCAUUUGCUUCUAGGGUUUGUUCAGCUGGGGGCUGAACCUUUUCUUGUUCUCUGAUAUGAUCAAUUAGGAGGUAAGUGUGAGUGGUGUGCUUUGUGAAUCUUUGUUGUUCAGCUCCAGUUAACCCUUUCCAGUUUGUCUGUUCUCACCGGCUGUAGAAAUUUAACUUUAACCAUGCAGAUUAGGAGUUGUAUCCAACAAAAACAAGAACAUUUGAAUCUCUACAAGCUACCUUGUUAUUUCUGAAUGAUUUGUUGCAAAAA